CAAAAUAUGAUCAUAAUAUUUCUCUUGUGCUUGAUAUUUUUCAUUACCAUUCUCGUCUUCAGAAAACAGACUACAUGGAAGAAAAGUAACACAUUCCCAUCACCACCGAGACUUCCGUUGAUCGGAAACAUGCAUCAGCUCGGCAACCAUCCUCACCGAUCAUUACUCUCCCUCAGCAAACGUUACGGAGACAUCAUGCUCCUUCACUUUGGCACUGUCCCCGUUCUUGUAGCCUCUUCCGCUUCCGCGGACGCUUCUAGAGACGUUUUGAAGACGCAUGACCGCGUCUUUGCGAGUCGUCCACAUUCCAAAAUCUACGACAAGCUUCUUUAUGGGAGCCGUAAUAUGGCAUCUGCCCCUUACGGAGAGUAUUGGAGACAAAUGAAGAGUGUGAGUGUCAUCCAUCUCCUCAGCAACAAAAUGGUACGGAGCUUUCGACAAGUGAGACAAGAAGAGAUCAGUCUGAUGAUGGAAACGGUCCGGAAAGAGAGUUCUCCACCGAUGAAUAUAAGCAAGAUCACUACUACUUUAACUAACGAUGUUAUAUGUAGAGUUGCUUUGGGACAAAAAUAUGGUGCUGGAACAGAUUUCAAAGAGUUGAUAGACAGGCUUAUGAGGCAAUUGGGUACGUUUACUCUCGGGAGUUAUGUACCGUCACUUGCGUGGAUUGAUUGGAUUCGGGGUUUGGAGCGUAAACUGGAAAAGACAGCAAACGAUUUUGACGAGCUCUUGGAGAAAAUUGUUCAGGAUUAUGAAGAUGGAGCUGUUGAUAAGGCUGAUUUUGCCCAUGUAUUACUCGGCGUUCAAAGAGACAAGAGUGUGGGGUUUGAGGUCAGCCGGAUGAGCAUAAAGGCUAUCCUCUUGGAUGCUUUUGUGGGUGGUACAGACACUUCCUCCACACUUUUGGAAUGGGAAAUGCAAGAGCUUCUAAAUCACCCAGAGUGUCUGAAAACACUUCAACAAGAAGUCCGUACCGUUUGUAAGGGAAAGUCAAGUGUAUCCGAAGACGACAUUCAAGACAUGGACUACUUAAGGGCUGUGAUCAAGGAGACACUCAGACUACAUCUUCCAGUUCCAUCGAUGGUUCCUCACAUAUCAACAGAAGAUGUCAACUUAAGAGGUCGCCACAUACCCGCUGGUACGCAGGUUAUGAUCAAUCUUUUUGCGGUCGGGAGAGAGGUUGCAACGUGGGGACCAGAUGCGGAUGAGUUCAAACCGGAGAGGCAUUUAAAUUCGUCUGCUGAUUUCCGUGGUCAGGAUUUUGAGCUGAUUUCGUUUGGAGCAGGGAGAAGGAUGUGCCCCGGAACAUCAUUUGCUGUGGUGUUGAAUGAGGUAGCUUUGGCUAACUUAAUGCUCGGAUUUGAUUUGAAAUCUACAGAAGAUCAAACCGAGACCGAUGUUCCUGAAUCAAUCGGUGCUGUGAUUCGCCGAAAGAACCCUCUUUAUGUCAUUGCAUCGCCUGCUACUUGAUUAAGGCAUUCUAUAUUGCUACUUGAUUAAGGCAUUCUAUAUAGUGAAUGCUUACUAUUAUGUUUUCUCUUACAAAUAAAAAUGGUUCUUCAUUUGAAAGUUGUAACCAAUGUUUACAAAUAAAUGUUUGAGAUUUAAAGGUUUAGAGUUUCAAUAACUAAU